AUGGAGACGCCAGGAAGUAUUAUAUUUCUGCCGCUGUAUAUUUAUUACACAGUGACAGAUGAUGGACCGCAAGUGCACAUGCAGGGAAAGACAGAAAGUGGAGAAGAGGUUGAGUGCACAGUAUCUGGCCAUUUGCACUAUUUCUACAUAAGCAAAGUGCCAGGAGAAAUAAUUAAUGAGGAAUCACUUAAGAAAGUGCAUAAAGAGAUAGUUAAAAUCAGCACAGUAAUUAAGUCUAAUAUAUACGGAUAUUCAGAGGGAGAGAAUGAGUACUACCAAAUAUAUGUAAGAACACCUAAAUUAAUUCAGUCAGUGUGCACAGCAGUAAAAGAGCACUUUAUUAGAAUAGACAGAACGCAUGAGCCCAGGAACGUAUUCGAGACAAACAUAGGAUAUAUUAUUAGAUUUAUGGUAGAUACAGGUUUAGUUGGAAUGGGGUAUGUAGAAGUGCUCCCAGAAACACAAGAACAUAAAAACAACAAGCUACUUCUUACAGCAGACAGUACGAAAAUAUCUCCAAAUAAGUCGGUGGUAAAGCUGCCCCCAAUUAAAAUACUUAGUUUGGACAUAGAGUGUAUAGGAGAGGACAAUAAAUUCCCAACACCACAGCACGAUCCAGUUGUGCAAAUAGGGAAUGCAGUGGCAGUCUAUCCAAGCCCAGUCAUUAUUGAAAAGGUCCUUUUCUGCACAAGGCCCACUAAUCCCAUACCGGGUGUUACUAUUUUUUCGUUCAUGGAUGAGAAAGAAAUGCUUACUGCGUGGUCGCAGUGGGUUUCAGCACUUAACCCAGAUGUGCUCACAGGGUACAACAUAACACAGUUUGACAUGCCGUAUCUGCUAAACAGGGCCAAGGCACUUGGACUGACAAAAUUCAAAUAUUUCUCCAGAACAGACGAACCGGCAGAGACAACGCAGGGACUGUUUAAACAAGAUUCAAAUAAUUCUAAUAAAAAUGGGGAUGCAAAGAACAGCACUUCUAAUGAACAGAAGAGUGGAUUUACAGCACCCGCCCUCCUGGUAGUGCCGGGCCGGCUAGUAUUUGAUAUGCUGGAUAUCGUGAAAAAGGAGUUUAAACUGCACAGCUACUCACUGAACGCAGUUAGUUCUGUUUUUCUGGGUGAGCAAAAGGAAGAUGUGCACUACACGCAGAUAAAGCCACUGUAUAAUGGGACAGAUGAAACAAGGAAGAGGCUCGGCGUGUACUGUCUUAAGGAUACUUAUUUACCCAUUAGAAUUAUGUACACAAAAAAUCUGUUCAUUAAUUACUGCGAGCUUGCACGGGUAACGGGUGUUCCAGUAGAGUUUUUGGUAAACCGGGGGCAGGGUAUUAGAGUACUCUCACAGCUGCUUAGGCAGGCAAAGAAAUAUAAUUAUAUUCUGCCGGUGAUUAUAGGGGCAGAGGAGACGUAUGAGGGUGGAUACGUAAUGGAACCAAACAGAGGGUUUUACAGUAAUCCAGUGGUAGUUCUUGAUUAUGCAUCUCUGUACCCAUCUAUUAUUAUGGCGUACAAUCUCUGCUACACAACUCUUCUUAGUAAAGAGCAAGUGGCGCACAUGGAUAAGGACGACUACACAGAGUCCCCCACUGGAGAUUAUUUCCUGCGCAGAGAAAAGAAGCCAGGACUGCUCCCAGUCAUUCUUACCAGCUUAUUAGAGGGAAGAAAGCCGUGCGUGCAGAGCUUAAGAACACAAAAGAUCCCGAACUAAAAGCAUCAUUAAACGCAAGACAGCUGGCAUUGAAGGUAUCCGCUAAUUCUGUAUACGGAUUUACGGGUGCCUCUAAGACAGGACUUCCAUGCAUACCGAUAUCUAGGAGUGUAACAGGGUUUGGAAGAGAAAUACUGAAAAAAACAAAAGAGCUAGUAGAGAAUAAUUACAACAAAGGAGAAAGAGUGCACAGUUCCACGGCUGAAGAAGAAAAUCAAGAAAUAGUAGAAAUAAAAAAGAAAGCCCCGUGGAAUUUAUUUGUAGCGUAUGGUGAUACAGAUUCAGUUAUGGUCACACAGCCAGGCCUUACAAUAGAACAGGCCUUUCAAGUGGGAGAAGAAAUAUCUGAGUUUGUAUCUUCUAGGCUGCCCAGUCCACUAACGCUAGAAUUUGAGAAGGUUUACCACCCGUUUGUGCUUAUAAAUAAAAAAAGGUAUGCGGGCUGCACAAAAACAUCGGCAAAGGAUCCCGGGCGGAUUGACACAAAGGGAAUUGAGACAGUGCGGAGAGACAACUGCCUGCUUGUACGAGAUCUAAUGAAAGAGUGCAUAAACAAAGUAUUCCUAGAGGGCGAUGUCGACGGAACAAGAAAGCUUAUAAAAAGCCGAGUGAAUGAGCUUCUGAGUAAUAGAAUAGGUAUUAGUCAGCUGAUCAUUACAAAGUCAAUCGCAAAACAAGGCGAAGAUUACUCCGUCUCUCUUGCGCACGUAGCUCUUGCAGAGAGGAUGAAGAAAAGAGAGGGCACAGGACCAGGCCGCGGUGACAGAGUGCCGUAUGUUAUUAUCCAAGGAAAGGGACCAUUGCAUGAAAGGAGUGAAGAUCCCGUCUAUGCACUAAAAAAUAAUCUACCAAUUGAUACGCUGUACUACCUAAAGAACCAGCUCACUAAGCCGCUUGAGAGACUUCUAUCAUACGUAAUCAAGGACAUACUUGACAUCCUUAACCCACCAGCUAACUAUAUAAUGGGCGUAGGAGCAAACAAUAAAGUAAGAGAAAUGCCCAAGGGGAUAGCUGCAUUCUUUAAAAAGAAGAAGACGUGCGUAAUUUGCAGGUCAGGGAUCUAUCCAGUCUGUAAAGUGUGUGAUAAAUCGUAUCCAGCAGUGCUUAGGCAGACGUAUGAAGUACUCUUCGGGUUACAGUGUGCAUACCACCUAAUCAUGAGAGAGUGCCAGGACAUGCAAGAUUCAAGGCAUACCCCCAUUGUGUGCAGUAACAGAGACUGCCCCGUUUAUUACAUAAGAAUAGAAAUGCUUAAAGAAAUUGAAGAAGUACAAAUUAGGUAUAAUCAGUUAUUGGAACACAAACAAAAAAUACCAGAAAUCAUUCCUGAGUAAUUCCUGCACUUAUUCUAUAUUCUGUCUACUUUACAGUCUGCCAUACG